UCAAAACUACAUUCAAAGAUAUAUUUGAACAGUGUUGAUUCGUAUCGUUUUCCAUCAUAUACAACGUAACUGAAAGACUUCGGGAUUACUAUAAAAUAGCAAUUAUUUUUUUGAAUAUCAAGCUCAUUUAAUAUUCCAGUAUGAAUAUAUUGCAGUGUUAUCAUUUAAUGCACCAAGUACGUCUGGACCUCCACUGUGAAAGACCUCGGGAUCCGCAAGAGACUCGGAUUCCUGAAGAUGUUCACCGAAGAAGACCAUUUACUCUACGCCUUGGGUUUCACAGCGGCCUUCGUCCUGCUGAUUUUGAUUUUGUGCAUUGCAUGCACCAGACUGAGGUUUCUGAGUUCUUGAGCUGCGUGGGCAGCGCGGGACUAGAAUGUAGUUACGGGUUCAGUUAUGCCUUUUCCAGAUUGUCUUCCCUAAUCUCAUCUUUCUUCAGGAGUGUUACUUGUAGAUCACGGACAGAAGCGCCAAUACCUAGGGUCAUCGUCGAGAGUUCCACCGUCCAUAUCAACGUGACCUCAGGGGAUGAUCUUAUUGACGACCAUAACAAAUGUGCGGGAAACUUCCCUUCACUCGGGGGCGCUUCCACCUUACCGAGAAGCCCCCAGGGGUUGCGGAAGCCAAGGCAGGGGACUCCAUCAGUGCCUCGUAGACAAGGAAGGCAUCCGAAAUCAUAUGCUGGCGACCAGAUCUGCGCUGGAGAUGGGCAAGUGGAUGCUGCAUCUAGGUGCUCUCUGGCGAACGAGAGCUCUCAUUUGAAUCUUCCUCCGACAACAAAUACUGGACAUCAGAAUUCAAACAGAGAGUCUACGGUACAUUCCUGGAACGCAACAGGUGAGUUAACGGAAAAGACCGGGCAGACCGAACGGAACAACGGAACGAGGGAACAAGGAGAAUCAGGAGCUAGGAUAAGCCAGGUCGGCGUCGUCAGCGCCAAUCCCGUCAGGAAAGAGGAUCUUCGGGAUUAUCUCACCUCGGCCAUUCUCUCGGACGUUUUUGGAAAAGGAAUUCUUGAAAAUUCCUUUCAUUUACAAAAAACGUAUGGACGCCUACAACAUGACUGUCAAUCGUCGGAAGAACAGAUACACUAACAAUUUUGUUUACGAUGACACGCGGGUAAAGUUGACUCCUGUGGGCUCGAUCUUGGGGUCAGACUACAUCAACGCCAGUAUCAUCAAGGGGUUUAAGCAAUGCAAAACCUACAUCGCGACCCAGGGUCCCAAAGACUUCAACGAAAAUACCACUGGAGAUUUCUGGAGAAUGAUUUGGGAGCAGAAAGUCGAUACCAUUAUCAUGCUGGCUUGCAUCAUGGAGUCUGGAAAGGCGAAGGUGGCUCAGUACUGGCCCGACAUCCUCGGCGGAGAAAUGGCACACGGCCACUUUCGGCUAAAACUGCUGGAAGAAGAGAAAAGACUCGACUAUUUCCAGAGGAAAAUCAGCCUCACUCACGAGAGUGAAUCCAGGGAGGUGAAGCAUUUCCAGUUCGUUACCUGGCCUGACCACAGUGUCCCUCCGAAUCCAUUCAGUUUUGCUCUCAUGCUGCAAGAAACGAGGGCUAUUGCGUCAACUGGGCCGAUGGUGGUUCAUUGCAGCGCUGGAAUAGGGCGGACUGGAACAUUUAUCCUCGCCAUGUUGUGUCUGGAUCAGCUGGAAAACAAGGGAUACGUAAAUGCUAGUUACAUUCUCAGAGGCAUGAGGCAGAGUCGCCCAAGACUCGUUGAAAAUACGGCUCAGUACCGGUUCAGCCACCAAGUCCUCCUGGAAGUGAUCGUGGGCCAAGCGACUUUCCACAGCGCUCCAGACUUCUUAGGUUACGCCCACGACUGGACGCCGCUGGAAGAGGAAUUCCAGAAGCAAUACGAGAUGUUGAGAACAUCCGUACCUGACGUCACUUACAAGUGGGGAAGGAAUCCAGACCACGUCGCUAUGAACCAGAAACCAAGAUAUUUUACCAGUGGACGGGAGGCAGAUUUACCUGAAGACGGAGUGUGGACGCUUCUGGGUCGCAAUACAUCAAUGCAAUCGACAUAAGCAACAUCUCCAGUUCGGAUUGCGUCAUCGUUACCGAGCAUCCACUCGUCCACACUUUAC